AUGAAAACAGGACAUAUAGCUGCCUUGACUCGUGAUCAAAAAUACAAAAUGAAAAUUAAUCUGAAACGAUUGACUUCGAAGUCUUUUGAUAAAAAAUAUAGGAAAAAAAAAGCAAUUUAUCAAGCUAUCUAUCGUCGUAAUAAAAAACAAGAAAGAUUAGAUGAACAAACAACAAUGUCAUCAACAUCAUCAGUGACAACCGAUCGAAGAAAAAAUGAAGGUCAACGUCGUCGUCGAGCAAAUAUAAAUAAACUGAAAAAUGAAAAUACAAAAUUACGUGAAAGAAUGCUGGAGCUAGAAAAAGAAAUGAAACAACUUAAGUCAUCAUCACAGUCAACAAAUGAAGAUUCAUUACAUGAAACACCAACAUCAUCACCAACAAAAUUGUUGAUAUCCAGUUUAAGUCCACCAGCUAAAAAACGAGCAACUUUACGGAUGAUGAACAGAAAGGAAGGUCUUCAGCGUGGUACAAUAUCAAGUAUUCGAAGAAAGUUUGGUAUUAACUUAUCAAAUACAUAUUCACCUCCAUCGUCUACGCCUUCUCAACUUGAAGAAGCAAUUCAAGAUUUUAUGUGUAGAGAUGACGUAUCGAAAUUAUGUCCAGAUAAAAAAAAACAAAUAAAUCAUCAUCAAAUACGAUAUCGAUUAAACCAUUUAACAGUUCUGCAUCAACAAUUUGAAACAGAAACAAAAAUUGAUGUUGAUUAUCAUACAUUUCGACGCUAUGUUCCUUCGUUUAUUGUUAAACCAAAAGUCGAUGGUUGGGGUACAUGUUUGUGUAUUUGUUGUUUAAAUCCACAGAUAAAAUUAGAUAAAUUAAAUCAACUAGUAUCAACAAAACCAAUAAUUAAACAAUUAUUAAACUCCAUGCCAGUUGAUUUAAACGAACUCAAAGGUGAAAAUUUUAGCGUAACUUAUAAUGAAUGGCAAAAAAUCAAAACACCAGGAAGUUCUUCAACAGUAUCAAAAAAAGUUCCAUUGGUAGUAACGAUUGAAGAUUUUAAUCUUGAACAACAUUUGGAACGUAUUCAUCAACAAUUCAAGGCAGCUAAACAAGCAAAAAUCGAUGCACAACAAUCAGAUGAUACUGCAACAAUGCAAAUUGAUUGGGCAGAGAAUUACUGUAUUCGACAAGCUCAAGAAGAAAAAGGGGCAUAUUAUUUCGAAAAUCAUGUAUCUCUACAUUCAGGAUAUGUUUGGUUGAAAAACAAUGCAUUUAGUUUUUGUUCAAUGUCCAAUUGUACAAAUCAUAUGGCCGAAGCUGCAUGGUGCAGUAUUAAAGACUUAUUGGAUUAUUUGAUCAACGAUCAGCAGAAAAAACAAAUUAACAUCAUAUCGGAUUCUCCAUCUUCACAAUAUCGUAAUAAAACAACCAUUUAUAUGUUAAACCGAUAUGCAACAAAGCAUAAUAUUACAAUGAGAUGGAUUUUUCUUGAAUGUGGACAUGGAAAGGGAGUGGCUGAUGCCAUUUCAGCUCAAAUGAAAAGAAAAAUGGACGAAUGCAUUUCAUUCAAUCCAACUAAAUCAUAUGAAAAAUCAUUAGAUUUUGUUCGUGAAAUUCAAAAUUCCACAUCAAUCAAAUUAUUCAUCUACGACCAAUCUCAUAUUGAUGAAAUAAAAAAACAAAUACCACGUACAUUACAAACAGUUAAAGGAACAGCUGAAUUUCAUGAGGUAAUUGCUGAACCAACUGGUUUAGUCUUUGGUAAAAAAACAUCUGAUCAACCGCAAGUAAAGUUGACAUUAAGAUUUUAA